AUGCCCGCUACGAGGAGGAAGACCCGUCGCAUCAAGCGCGAGGAAGACGACGAGGCGCCUUACCAGCCUCGAGGAACGAGGAACAAGGCGCGAAGCAGCAACAAGAAGGAGAGGCCAAAGCGGCGCCAACCUUGCGACCAUUGCAAGCAGACGAGGCAUCGGUGCAUCAUCUCGAGCGUCCCAGUGGAGGACGGCAACGAGAGCGACGACGGCGCUGAGGAGGACCAGCACAAGCUUCCUUGCGACGCCUGCAUCGCGUCUGGCCGCAGCUGCACGUACGGCGUCCUCGAGGUCGACUGGCAAGGACGCAAGCGAGCGUACGGCAUCCUGAGCGAGCUGGACGAGCGUCUCGCGAAGCUCGAAAUUCUCCUCCUCCGCAAGACCGGCGUGAAUUCGCCUUACGAGCUCGACGACCUCGACCUCGUGCUCGCGAAGAUCGGUCCGCCGCAAGAUGUCGACCAGGCGCCGCCCUCGCGCGAUGCAGACGAUGGCAUUCGUCGGCGACCAGUCAAACCGCUUUCCCCUCGUCUCCCUCCUCUCCGUCCUCUCCCACCCCUUUCUCCUGCUCUGACGCCUCAGCUCGAGCCAAGUGUCAACCAUAAGAUCGCCUUCGCGCAAGACCUCUUCGAGGUCGCGAGCUCGUUCUGGCCGGCGAACCCGCUAUCGUCGGGCUUGACCUGGCGCCAGCCGGUCCUUCAGCUCGACGGCGCUGCGGAGGAGCUUGCAUCCGCCCUUGCCACCCUCGAGAUCGUCGACGUGCACAAGUCGUUGCAACCUGUCGCGCGCGAGCCGACUCGUACGUUCCCGAAACUGUCAACGCCCGCAUCCUCCGUCUCUUGCCUCCUUUCUCCGACGCCUCAGUCAGCCUAUCCUACGGUACAUUCUCAGCCUAACAGCCCGACCCCUCCGCACGUCUGGACACCGUUCGUCUCCAAGUCGCCCCUCACCCCGCCUCUCGCCCUGUACAACCACACUCUCCCAACUCCUGUCGCCUCGCCCAUCACGCCCGUCAAGACUGUAUCUAUCACGAGUCUCGUCCACCCGCGCCAGAUCUCGCCUCCUCCCGAUUCUUGCCUCUGGCGCUACUUCUCCGACUCGGCUCCCGUUCUUCCCGCCUCUCCUCCUCCUUCCGUUCGUUCGAUUCGUUCGCGUACUAGCACUGCCUGUUCCACUGCAGCAUAG